AUGCCGGCGCCGCCGCCAUGGUGGGCAGCUUCCAUGAUUGCAGAGGCUCUGACGGCGGACGAUACCCUGUCCCUGAGUCGGGCGGACAGCAGGUGGCGUGCUGAGUUGGGGCAGCCGAGCGUAUGGCAAAGAUACCUCAACGGGUCGCCUGAGCUGCUUGCUCGGAAUGUGCUCGCGGACAAUAACGCUGGUGCGCUAUUCGUCGGGCCGUCUGUGCACCCCGAGAACUACCGGGCGAUAGUCGCUGCCUUGCGGCAGCCCUGCUGGUUCCGGCAUUAUCAAGGAAUGAAGCGGCUGGCAACCGAAGGUCGCCUGAGUCGGCCGAAGGGUCUGAACAGUGGAGUGCUGCGGCACCUCAGGCAAAGGCUGCGGAGCGCUGGUAUCAGCAAAGAGCUUCAGGGGACAACGUCAAAGAAGAGGCGGCGAUCCUUAGAACUGUCACUGCAGAAGCUGCAGAGCCAAAGGCAGCAAAUGCGUCUAGACGAGUGUGGCUUCGGACGGUGCACCCCUGCACAAUCACUCUAA